AUGCUGAUCCGGAACCUACGUCAAGAGGACGACCUCUGCAACGGCACCCGUCUCAUCAUCACGGGUCUGUAUGACUGGAACAUCACCGCCCGUAUCAUCGCUGGCGACUAUAAAGCGGCGGAGCACACGAUCCCGCGUGUGCCAUUGGAGACGACCGAGGGCCAGCUAUCCUUCACUCUCCGUCGGGUGCAGUUUCCAAUUCGUCUCUGUUUCGCUAUGACGAUUAAUAAGAGCCAGGGACAGUCGUUAAAAAGGGUCAGCGUUCUCCCAUGGCCAGCUAUGUGGCCAAUCUAUCGGUCCUACACGUAG